AUGAGUAAUUCAGAAGAAAUUGAUAAGGAAAAUGAAGAUUUUAAAAAAGCAUAUAAUAGGAUAAUAAUAAAAAAUAGGAUAUUAAAUGAAAAGGAUAACAAUCAUAUAAAUAAUAUAUUUGAGAUAAGUAAAAUUAAUGAUUAUAACUUAAUAAUGUAUUAUGAAUACAUAUUAAAGUUAUCUUUUUUUAGCAGUAAUGUAAAUGUUUUACAUAUGCAUAGAUUAGUGAAAUCUGAAUAUGAAAAAGAAUUUGAAGAAGUAGCAAAAUGCUUGAAGAGUAAUAUAUUAAUUAGCUUACGAGAUACUAAUGAAAUAGACACAAAUGGAAAUAUAAUUGAAUACUUUUUAAAAAAUUAUGAUCAAAUAAAAAAUUUUGAAUACACAAUUGGAAAUGCAGAUUAUCCAUUAGGAUUUGAAAAAAACACUAAUGGAAUAUUUCAAGUUUUCUUAUUUAAAGUUGUUCCCAAUAAAACUCUUUUAUUAAAUAAAAAUAAUUUUCAUUUUAUGACAAAAGAAGAAAUACCUCAUAACUAUGAUUCAAUUGCUAUAGAGAAAAGUUUAUAUUAUGAAAUUAAUAAUUCACAAGAUAAAAAAAGAAUAAAUAUAAAUAAUUACAGUAAUACUACAUGUAUAAAUAAUAAUGGAUAUUACAGCUAUAUUUAUAAAGUAAAAAAUUCUGAGCAAAUAUUACCUUUAUAUUUAAUUGAAUUUGAAUUCAAAUGUUUGCGUAUUGAUGUCAGUAUCCCAUCAUGUGAAUACUGUUAUACUGCUAGAGCGAUUUUUUAUUGUUAUAAUGAUAAAGCUCAUUUGUGUGAUACUUGUGAUAUGAAGUAUCAUGAGAAAAAUAAAAUUUUAAAAAAUCAUAAAAGAAUUCAUAUAUCUGAAUCUCCAUAUCAAUUUGGCAAAUGUCCCUAUCAUCCUCAUGAAUUAGUAGAAAAUGUUUGUAUGAAAUGUUUUUAUAGUCUUUGUUCAAAUUGUUUAUUAAUAGGAAAUCAUUCUAGUAACAAUUAUCGUAAUCAUCCAAUAACAAACAUAAAAGAUGCUUUUAUUUUGUCAAAUAGAAAAAGAUCAUUAAGUGAAAUAAAUUUAGAAAAUAGAAAAAGUAGAAUAUUAAAUUUAUUAAAAAAAAAACAUAAAUUGUUAUCUGAAAUUUAUUCAAAUUAUACCUCUUUACAAAAAAGGAUUGACACUUUAUAUAAAUAUAUUAUAAAUGAAUUAAAAACAGUAAAAAAAAAAAAGGUGGAUUUUUUAAUGGCAUUAAAAAGAUCCAUUUUAUCUGAAUUAUUAAUUAUUGAAUGGACAGAAGCUUUUUUUUUUCAUACAAAGUUAUCUUUGAAUUUAUCAGAUUUCAUUUUAUAUCAGAAAAAACAUGAACUUCUUACACAUUUUUUAACAUCAAAAACAAAAGAAAUAAAUUUAGUUAAAUAUACUCCUCAAUGGAUAUUUCAAAAAGUUUUUAUUAAUUCUGACUUAUAUAUAUAUGAGGACAAUUUUUAUAAAUUAAACUUAAGUAAUAAUAAAAAUAUAGAUUUAAUAAUAAAAGAUAAAAAGGAUAAAGAAAAUAACUUUAAAAUUAAUGAAAAUAAAUUAGAAUCUAUAUAUAAUUUCACUAAUAUAUUUAACAAUAAAGAUAAACAUUUAGGAAUACAUGAAGACAUAAAAUUAAGUAGCUUAUUAAAUGAUCAGGAAAAAGGAGAUGAAAAUGUGAAAUAUUCUAAAUUAAUCAUUAAGAAUGAUAAAAAUAAUGAUUCUUUAACAGAAAAAUAUAUUUGCGAUAUAGAUGAAGAUGAUAUAAUAAAAGAUAUUCAUGAAGAUAAAAUUAUUGAUGAUGAUAAAUUAUUUAAUAAAUAUGGAAUAGAAAAACAAAAUAUUGAUGAAAUUAUAAAAAUCAAAAACAAUUACUCUUGUAUUGAUGAGAUAACUAAUGAUAAAUUAGCUAAUUGUAAUUUUCUCUUUAGAAUUUUCAAAAAUGAAAAGUUAUUAGAAAAAUCAAUUUUAAAAAAUUCUUAUGUUUAUAAUGAAUUAUGGAAAAAUUUGUUAAAUUAUAAAUAUAUAAAUAUCAUACACAUUUUAAAGGCAAAAUAUAGUUAUAAUACAUUAGAAUUAGUUUCCUCAUUUUUAAAUAUAUCAAAUUAUCACAAUAGCUUAGAAGAUUUUGUUAAACAUAUAAUUAAACAUGAAAUAUAUACAUUAUUACAAAAAAAUAUUGAUUAUCAUACUAAAAUGAAAGUUACUCAAUUAAUGGACAAUGUAACCACUUUGUUAUGUAUUCAAAAUUUUAAAUUAUCAUUUAUAAUUGAUAAACAUAUACAAAUGUGUUUUUCAGAGAUAGAAAAAAAUGAAAAACAACUUUUAAUAGAUAUUGAAAAUGUAAAAAAUGAUAGUACCGAAUUAUAUAAAACAUUUUUAGGUCAAAAAGAAAAAUGUAAAUUAAAUAUAAAAAAAGAAAAUAAUGAAAAUUUAAAAGUGAAAGCAAAUAAUUUUAUUGAGGAAUUAGAAAAUGAAUUAAAUAAUGAACAAAAAAUGAAUGAAAAUAAAGAAAAAGAGAUUGAUAAUAUAGAAAGUGGAAAUAAAAUUUUAUCAAAAAAAUGCAAUAUAUAUGAAGGGGAGGAUAUAUUAGCAGAUGAUAAAUGGUCAAGAGAUAAACUUCAAAAAAAAAAUAAUGAAAAUAUAUAUGAAAAAGAAAAAGAUGAAUUGGUAAUAUUAAAAAAAAUAAAAGAAUAUAUGUAUGUUUAUAUAGAAAAGCUAAUAAAUGAUUUAACGAAUAUAGCUCAUAAAGACUUAAAUGGAAGUAUACGAUUUAUAUUUUACUUAAUACAUGACGAAAUUGACGGAAUAAAUAAAAACACAAUAAAUGAAAAAAAGUUUAGUAUACACACUUUAACUUUGUGCUUAGAUUUAUUUAUUAAUUCAAUUUUAUAUCCAUAUAUAUUUUAUGUCCAUGAACAAAAUGUAAAUAAAUCUUUAAUUAAAAGUACUUUAUACAAAAAGGUCCUAAUAAUAUUUGGUCAAACAUUGAGAGAAAUUUCCAUUUUCAUCUUUCAAAUAUAUAAUUUAGGUAUGUAUGACAAUAACAUAAAAGUUUUUAUAAACAAUAUUAAAAAUAAUAAAUUAUUGAAGAAUAAAAUAACUAAUGAAAAUAUGUUUUUUCUAGAUGUUUCUCAAAAGCUCUUUAAUUGGAUUAUUAAAAACUUAGAAGCACCUCGUUAUUAUUCUCCAUUAAAAUGGAAUCUCAAUGAAGACAUAGAAAAAAGCUAUCAAAAAAUAGCAAGAGAAGUUAUAAAUAUAGAUAAAUCAUCGGCAGAGUUUUGUAUUAAUGAAAAUGUAGAUUAUAAUAUAUUAUUUAGUACAAAAAACUUUAAAGAUAUUUUGACACUGUGUUAUUCCAUAGUAGAAUAUAUUUAA